GCGCCGUUACCGCCGACAACGUCAGUCAGUCCGCGAGUGUCAGCGUUCGCGUACGAUAUCGCGACGGCCGUCGACGACGACUACGACUGUUGUAAUUUCGACCGCGAAACGUGUUCGGUUUACGGUUGUGACACGGCCACGGCGUUUACUACGUCAACCACGGCCACGGUUACGACGGACGGGGCUUCCACUGUUGGCCGCGACGACAGCGGACUGAGCGAUUUCGGUGGUGCGGUUGCUUGGGACGAUUACGACUACUGCUGUAGUGUGGCCACCGCGGUGGAAACCACGGUCGAUCUCCGUGGGGGCGCAGCCGCCCCAUACAGUCACACCCCAAUGGGCUCAACCACCAAGCUCGUGGGGAUCGAUGCGAACAGCGAUGACACACCAAAGAUAUAUUGCUGCAAAUCAAAUUGUCUGCAGAGUUUUGGCACGCUGUUGAUGACCGUCUCACUGACGUUAAGUCUGGCCAACGUCAUACGACUUCCCCGGAUGGUAUUUCUGUACGGUGGUGGUACAUUUUUGGUGUCAUAUCUCACAGUUGCCAUUGUGUUUGGAGUUCCUCUUUUGUUUUUGGAGAUAACGCUCGGUCAGUUUUGUCAACAGGGCACCACUAAGCUAUGGAGAGCCGUGCCUCUGCUCAAAGGUGUCGGGUUCGUCAAAGUUUUGGCGUCCGUGUUGCUUGCCGCCUACUACCCGAUAAUCAUGGCAUUAUCGUUGUUUUACGGUUCGCGUAGUAUCAUCGGAAGUAUUCCGUUUCCGGAAUGUAGCAAUUCUAUCAGCUUUUAUCAAGGGAUGAGUUCUGACGCCAUCAGUAGUGACCAAUGUCUUCAACAGACUUUUAUCAAACCACCGCACUUGAGCUGGCACUGGAUUGUGAUGGACAUUUUGCUUAUAUUACUUAUCUGGAUCGUUGUCGUGAUUAGCCUGAUAAAAAAUAGUAAAUCCUACAGAACAGUAGCAUUACUUGUCGUACCCGCCACGUUUGUAACUAUUGCCGUUUUGUUGGUCAAAGGACUUAACGCAAAUCAACGAGGACUGGAAAUACUGCUGGAUAUUCAAUGGGAGAAUUUGUUGAAACUUGACAUAUGGUAUCACGCUGUAGUACAAUUUUUCUUCACUACUCAUUUGGGAUUUGGUAAUAUUACAACUAGUGCGGGUCGACUGUAUUCCAAGUCUAAUCCUUUUUGGACUUCGGUUAUGCUUACGGUGGUCAGCAUCGUUGUCGGCCUUUGUAGCGUUUCAAUAGUUACAAUGUGGAUAUAUGACAUGCAAUUACAAGCCGGACAAAAAAUGGUGGCUACGGCAGCUCUAUCGGAAGUCUGGUUUCUGACAUUUGUAUACGAAUUAACGACCAGGGGAAUCCUGUCCGAUCUGUGGGCUGCUUUAGUCUAUACACUGGUGUUCCUUUCCGGAUUCUUGAGUCUGAUAGCGGCUAUUUAUACUGCCAUCGUAGGGCUAUCCGUGGAGACCAAAGAAAAAUGGAAGUGGUGGAUAUUGACUUGCAUGGUUUCUUUUAUUGCCUUCUUGGUUGGUGUCCUGUGCCUUUUGCCCGAAAACCUUCAAGCCGUGCAUUUGUUGGACGAGUACAUCAUUGGUCGCAUGGUGGUCACAUCCACGGUGCUAGAAGUAAUUGCUUUCGUCUGGAUCUACGGGCUGGAAUCGCUAUCCAACGACUUCGAGUUUGUACUCGGAUACAAACUUUGCUUCGUGUGGAAAUUUGUGUGGCUGGGCACUCCGAUUUUGUUUAUGGUGUUUGAGUUUUGGAGUCUGUUUGUGAUGCCACUUACCGAGUCCGAUUACAGCUCUCACGAUUCCAUGUGGCUGUACGUGAUCGGUUGGAUCGUUUAUCUGUUCAUGUGGUCGAUGAUUAUUGGCAUAGCCGUGUGGCAGAUAUCCGCUCAGGUGGAUUACAACUUUUCGCAAAAAUUCCUGAGCACCAUAAAACCGGCACGGAACUGGGGCCCGGUGGACCCAAUAUAUAGACACUGUUGGGUGCAGUGGAAGAAACAAUACCAGGUUACAGGUGAGAGGGAUUUCACUUUGAGACGACGUGGUACGAAGGACUACACACAUUCAAUCAAGCGGGGCAAACACGCUGCACCUCCAGGCACGGCAUACAGUGUCAGCCCGACGUCGUUGGACCGAACGUCAUCGUGUUACAGCAUAGACGGCGUUAGAGGUUUGUCUCGUCAGCACUCUUCUGAUCAGCAACACUCACAACAUCAACAUCACCAACAACAAAAAAACCUUCACCAGUACCACUACAGCCACACAAUGGCCGACCAAAGGCGGUGGACUGCCGCGGAACCCAAAAACAGCGGCGGGACUUCCAUCAAUUAUAUGUGAUCCGAAACGGCUAGUUUUCGACGUAUAUGUGUUGUAACUUGUAGACUGUAUAUAGUUAUAUUAUUAUGCAUUAGGAUAUUUUAUUUUGUUCGUUUACCUAUAUGGAAAUUACAACGUAUUGAAGUGUCUGAUUGUUUACAUUUUUUCUCGACUUGCGCGUUGUGUUUUCUUUUUAAUUUUUAUAUGAUAUACUAUACUAUGAGCUAUUCUUAUUUUAAAAAGAGUUGAGAGAUACUUAAAUACGAUUCGUUUAGUUUUGUUUUAAUUUUAAACGUUGUAUAUGAAUGUUUUAUGUCCAAGCCAAAACCAUUGAAUUGUAUUUAUCAAAUACUAUCUUAGGUUCUCCAAAGUUUAGAGUAAGGUAUAGGAUUAAUUUAAAGUUACCAUCAUUGAUAAACAUGACAACUUUUGUUGUAGUCUAACGACAGUGGUUUUUUUACACGUGUUUUUUUAAAGGACUGAUUUGUAUAUAGUUUUUUUUUUUUUUACAUGUUGAAGUUGUUCAAAGGUUUAACAUGUAAUAACGUUGACCUUUAUUUUUUAUUAUAGUAACUACCUAUAUAUUAUUACUAUUACGAUGUAAAUAAUAAAAUAAUAUACUAU